CACCAACUUACGGAUGCUAUAUAUGACGUCACCAGAGUAGGUCGCGACACUCAGCUGACAGCUGCAUUCAGAAGUCGAGGAACCGCGACUUCCCGUUUCAACAUCAGAUCCCACUCGAGAAAAAAAGAAUCUCCAAGAUGAUGGACUCGUUGGAGCAAAUGCCAAAGAACGAUACAAUUAAACUUCGCGAACGUCACAUUGGGCAAUCAUGCAAAUUAUUCUACAAGUCGAGCCCUUUGAAGAUUGUCAGGGCAGAAGGACAGUACAUGUACGACGAAAGGAGCGAGCGCUAUCUGGAUUGCAUAAACAACGUGGCUCACGUCGGUCAUUGUCAUCCGGAUGUUGUUCGAGCUGGACAACAACAAAUGGCUUUGCUCUGUACGAACAAUCGUUUUCUGCAUGACAAUUUAGUAGUCUGUGCACGUCGGCUUGCUUCGCUCCUGCCGGAACCUCUGUCAGUGUGUUUCCUGGUUAAUUCCGGAAGCGAAGCAAACGACCUGGCCUUACGUCUGGCUCAGGCACAUACAGCUAACAAGGACGUCAUCACACUCGAUCACGCCUAUCAUGGACAUCUGACGUCAAUGAUUGAUAUCUCGCCGUUCAAGUUCAAUCAGCCCAAUGGCACUGGAAAGAAGGAUUGGGUUCAUGUGGCUCCCUGUCCAGAUGUUUAUCGGGGAAAGUAUCGCGACGUGGACUAUCCCAGUGAGAAUCUCGGAGUAAAGUACGCCGAUGACGUAAAGAAAAUUUGCAACGAUGUCACAGCAGAGGGACGUGGAGUUUGUGCGUAUAUCGCAGAGAGCCUUAUGUCCGUAGGUGGACAGAUUUUACCACCUCAAGAUUAUUACAAAAACGUGUACAAACACGUACGAGAUGCUGGCGGUGUCUGUAUUGCCGACGAGGUGCAAGUCGGUUUUGGAAGAGUGGGUAGUCAUAUGUGGGCUUUCCAGUUAUAUGACGUUAUCCCCGAUAUAGUGACAAUUGGAAAACCGAUGGGAAAUGGACAUCCCGUAGCAGCUGUGAUCACUACCGAAGAAAUCGCUGGUAGCUUCCGAAAUACUGGAAUCGAAUAUUUUAAUACGUAUGGUGGAAAUCCAGUAUCUUGUGCAGUGGCGAAUGCAGUCAUGGAGGUUAUCGAGCGCGAAGGACUCCAGGAGCAUGCCUUAAACGUUGGAAAUCAUUUAAUAUCCCAAUUGGAGAAACUCGCCAAAAAUCAUCCCAUCAUUGGCGACGUACGUGGUGCUGGGCUAUUCGUUGGAAUCGAAUUAGUACGGGAUCGAACAAAGAGAGUCCCGGCUACAGCCGAAGCAAAGCAUGUUGUGUCGCGAAUGAAGGAGGAGAAGAUUCUCGUCAGCAGCGAUGGACCUGAUAAUAACAUUUUGAAGCUGAAACCGCCUAUGGUGUUUACUAUUGAGAAUGCUGAUCAUUUCGUUUCCGUACUGGACGACGUCUUGCAAGAAGUUGAGGUUGAUGACAACGAUGAGAUUCCUGAUACCACAGCCAUUCUUAAGGCUGUUAUCACACCGGUGGAUAUUGAAGCUGCUACCCCUGUUGCCAAUGACGUGGAACCGUUUCUCAUUCGCGCUAGUUAAUGUUUGAUUGAGAAUAGUCAUCAUGAUACUUGAAGAUGAGUGAUAGAGAAUCCACAUUAGUUAUUCAUUAUUACUAUUAUUCUGUAGUAUGACAAUUAUAAGAUAACGAUAAGGUAUACUUUUUGUACUUGAAUUUCGGUAGCUCGUUGAUAUAUAAUAUAUUUUUGUAAAUAAUAAAAUCUGUAAAUAGGUAUGCUAGUUUCUUCUGUAUCGUAAUAUUUCAAUGAAUAUUAUAAUAAUUCUAUUGUUAUUGAUAAGUAAUAAAACUCGGUUAUAUAAUUAU